AUGGCGGCGGAGGCAGGGGGAGACCCCCGGGCGUGGCUUGCCGCCGACGAGACGGCGGCGGCCUUCCUCUCCCGCUCCCUCUCCGCGCGGCCCCCCAUCCUCCUCCCGCCGCCGCUCCACCGCGCGCCGCUCCGCCCGGGGAAUGUCGUCGAGAUCGCCGGCCCGUCCAACUCCGGCAAGUCCCAGCUGCUUCUCACGGCUGCAAUACAAUGUAUACUACCGAAGGAGUGGAAGGGUACCUAUUUUGGGGGCCUGGGGAAAGCGGUCAUUUACUUGGAUCUGGACUGCCGAUUUGAUGUGCUGCGGCUGGCUCAAGUUCUGAGAAAUCGAAUUGCAGAAUGCUGUGGCUCCACAAAUCCAAGAAAUGAAGAAUUUGCAGAGGAUGCCGCAGUGGAUAGUUCUUUUGAAAACACACUAUUUUCUGACUGCAUGAAGCGUUUCUUGUAUGCCCGUUGUUACAAUAGUUCAGAUUUUAUAGCAGCCUUGCAGAAUAUGCAUUCCCAGUCACAAGCAAAGAGCGAAGUUCUUGGUGUUGGCAUAUAUUUCCUUAUGAUUGACAGCAUCGGCUCAUUCUACUGGAUGGAUCGUGAUUCUCAACCUAUCACAGAGAGCAAAGGGAGAACUCUGUCACGGCAGAGUAUGACAGAAAUGGUUGUCCAAAAAUUACGCAGAUUUUUUCAACUUCAGCCUGUUUUGUUGAUGGUCACUAAGGCACCCAUAUAUGGUGAAGGAUUCACGACUGGAAAUGAUUUCCAAAGGGGUACUUCAAAACAGACGUCAGAGGAUUCAACAAUAAGAUGCACUGGUCCAGAGGAAGAAAAGAACAUCUCAUGUCGUGAAUUCAUGCCGUCAGUAUGGCAGUCAUUUGUUACACACAGGAUAAAGCUACAAGAUUUAGGACAAGAAGCAGAACUUUUCUCUGGUCCAGGAAACAAGGAGCUACCUUUACAUACUUCUGAGUGGGUGCAGCCUUCCCUCAACACAAAGGAUAGGUUUUCUAUUACAGAUGAUGGUGUUAUUCUUAUCCUCUGAAUGUUAUCAGGGUUUCCUCUGAUAUCUAAAUUCCUGGCUGGACUAUUGUGAUCUGUGGAAAAACCUACAGGAAAUGCUAAUACUUUCAUGUUAUCUAUGGCUCAGAAUCCAUAGCAUAGUUGGACCUGAAACUAUACCCUGUAUUGACUCCUGGGGAAAGCAAGCCAAGCUUCUUUUUCUGGACUCAUGGCUGCUUUAUACUGAUGUCAAGCAAGUUUGAUUCUAGCGCAUCACUUUCCUGUUUCUGCACGGUCAUUAGCAAGUGCAUUGGCUGUCUAAAACAUUAGAAGGGGAAUUCAAGAGGCACCAAUUUAUCAGACUUUCCAUGGUGGCACGAGUGUCUCGUGGUGUUGUGCAGUAGCCCUGCGCUCCGAAUCACGAACUGGAUUAAGCCUGAUUGAGAGAGGCCAAAGUGUGAACAAAGCUUAUGAAGUGCACCAUGGAGUCAGGUUUCUCCAAACCUUUUUGAUCUCUUGGAAUGAAAAGUAGAUUAGAUGUAUUCCUAUGUGGUGUAACUUUCGGCCACAGAAUCCUCGUGCAGAACUAGAUGUUGCAUUCCAUCCCGUGGGAGCUUUUGAUUCGUUCAUAUGGUAGAUGCUGCCCAAGAAUAAACAACCUACUGCGGAGAACGACCUUGCAUCUCUUAUACUACUAAUGGAGAAGCCAGCAAACUUCCAGUGCUGCAAUAUGGAAGCAAAGACUUCAGCUGAGAUGCGUUUCACCUAAAUGCAAUACCAGGUCGGGCUGCCAGAUACCCAACCUUCUUCUGCCACGUGUAUUGCUACUGUCAGCCGUAUGCAAAGCAAACAAUCACUCCUGGACACUGGAAGACCCAGUCGACUUCACCCAAAAAAAGAAAACUGAAUGUUUUUCGUCUCUUGGGCCAUUAAUUGGCUGGUUCUCAACUUCUGACGUUUGCAGGUACCUCAUAAGCCUAAAAUGGAAUGCUGAUAAAUUUUGCGGUUAAAAAAAUCCACAAUAAAAGUUACUACUUCCUCUGUUCCAAAAUGAAAUUUAUUUCUGAAGUUGACACAUGAAUUAAAAAAAUAUGUGAAAAUAAUUGAGUGGAUGUUGUGAAUGGUUUAGAAGAAAAUGUAAUUAAAGAAUUAAAUAUAGAAUGAUUGUGAUUUGUUAAGAUGAUAUGUUUAGUGGAGAAUUUUAUGUUGGAACAAAGUUAAAGCGGUAGAAAUAGCUUCAUUUUAGCUGAAAUGGAAGAACUAACGUGUAAAUGUUAUUUAAGUGCUGGUAGCUGGACAACGGCAUUGGUAAUUCUUCCAUAUCUCCAGUAUGUGCUAACUCAUCUCUAUCUUCGUUACGUUAUUCUUUUUUUUUAUAAGAUUUACAUUGUACCCCAGAACAUGAUUGCUUUGUGCCCAUGUGUAAACCGGAUCUUGGCGUCUUUGUUCCCAUCCAGUGCAAUAUCACUGUA